CAUCUCAAAUACAAAACUCAAUGAGGCCAUUACCAUAUCAAACAAGAAAUUGACUGCUACAAUUACACAGAAGUUUCUAAAAAUGCAGAGUGAAAUAAUAGCAAAAACAGCCGACAGUAAAAUAACCAAACAAAUAUUAGAACUAGAGCGAAAAAUGUAUAAUGAUUUUGCAAUAGUGACAGAAACACUUAAGACAAGCAAUAAUAUCCUCAUAGACAAGAUGGAAAAUUUGGAGAAAGAGAUCAAGCAAGUCGAACAGACUGUGAAUGAGGAGAGACAAAACGUUGGAACUACUACACAGAUCAGUGAAAUACAAACUAACCUGUCUGAAAUGAAGAAAAUAGUGCAAGAAAAGCCAGAUAUAAUAACAGAACUUGAAGAGAAAGACAAGAGAAAAAACAACCUUGUCUCCUCAAAUGUCCCUGAAAGUAGACAGGAUACAGCAAGACAGCGUCAGAUGGCAGACAUAAGUGUAGUAUGUGACUUAAUCGAAUUCCAACUUGGACUAGGUAGUGUCAACAUUUCUCGUACAACUAGGCUCGGGACCCAUGAGGGAGAUUCUAGAAGACCACUACUUGUUAUUUUUGAAAACACUGAAAAUCGGGACAAAGUUCUGAAAGCGGCACCAAGACUCAGAAAAAGCACAUCACUGGGCUUUCAAUAGCAGGGGGCGAGUGUCCGAAAUCGCCGUUUGUUUUCGAUAAUUCGCCGUUUGUUAGAAGUCAAAUAUUGUCUAAGUUUUGGGGGAAAAUAUAAGUCUUCUAUAGACUAUCCUUUAUUUUAUUCAGCGAUCUUGUUUUGCACUUCCUUGUCUAUGAUUUGUACCUCAGUUUCGAACUGCAAUGGAACUCACUAUAAUCGUAAGGAUCACUUGAUCUCAUUAUAGU